AUGGGAAUAACCAAGGAAAUCAAAUUAGGGCUCCUCGCAGACGUUUACUACGGCAACAAUAUCCUAAAUGGAUAUGCAAGAUGUCAUGAUUUUUUUCUUGCACACAAAACGUUCGACGACAUGCCCCAAAGAGACACUGUGUCUUGGAAUACGAUGAUUGCUGGGCAUGUGAACUAUGGGAACUUUGAGGCUGCGUGGGAGAUACUAAAAGAGAUGAAAAGAUGCGGAUUCGAUUUUGAUGGGUAUACAUUUGGAAGCAUACUUAAGGGGGUCGCUUGUGCUUAUCGAUGUGAUCUUGGGGAACAAGUGCAUUCCAUGGUUGUUAAGACUGGUUACGCGGGUAAUGUUUAUUCGGGCAGUGCUCUUUUGGACAUGUAUGCAAAGUGUAGGAGAGUUGAGGAAGCAUAUGUGGUCUUCGAUUCCUUGCCAGAACGUAAUUCUGUGUCGUGGAAUGCAUUAAUUGCUGGUUUUGUGCAAGUAGGUGAUCGUAAAACGGCAUUUUGGUUGAUGAAUUGUAUGGAGCAGGAGGGUGUGAAGCUUGAUGAUGGCGCAAUUGCUCCAAUAUUGACAUUGCUUGAUGAUGCUGAGUUUUACAAGUCCACAAUGCAAAUCCAUUGUAAAAUUCUGAAACAUGGGCUGGAUUGUAAAAGUACUGUGUGCAAUGCCACAAUCACUUCAUACUCAGAGUGUAGCAGAGAUUUGGUAACAUGGAAUUCCAUGCUAGCAGCAUACUUGAUUCAUAAGAAAGAACUACUCGCUUGCAAACUCUUCAUAGACAUGCAAGUGCUUGGGUUUGAACCAGACAUCUACAGUUAUACGAGCAUCAUCAGUGCCUAUUCUGAAGACGUACAUAAAAACCAUGGAAAAUCCUAUCAUGGAUUGGUAAUAAAAAGGGGACUAGAAAAGUCAGAGCCAAUCUCUAAUGCUUUGAUAGCCAGGUAUCUCAAGUCAAAUAGCAAUUCCAUGGAAGAAGCAUUACAGAUAUUUAAAUCUAUGGAGUCUAAGGAUCGUGUUUCUUGGAACUCCAUUUUGACUGGAUUAUCGCAAAUGGGGUUGAAUGAAUAUGCCUUGAAAUUCUUUGGACAUAUGAGAUACGCAGAGGUAGAGAUUGAUCAUUAUGCCUUCUCAGCUGUCCUCAGGUCUUCUUCAGAUUUAGCAACCCUCCAACUGGGUCAAGAGAUACAUGCCUUGGCAAAUAAGUCAGGGCUUGAGUCCAAUGAAUUUGUUGCUAGUUCUUUGAUCUUUAUGUAUACUAAGUGUGGGAUCAUUGAGGAUGCUAGAAAAUCCUUUGAACAGACCCCCAAAGACAGCUCAAUCACUUGGAAUUCGAUUAUUUUUGGAUAUGCACAGCAUGGACAGGGAUAUGUUGCACUUGAUCUCUUCUUCCAAAUGAGGAAGGACAAGGUGAAACUUGAUCAUAUAACCUUUGUUGCAGUUCUAACAGCUUGUAGCCACAUGGGUUUGGUUGAACAAGGCUGCAAGUUUCUAAUGUCUAUGGAAUCUGAUUAUGGAAUAACCCCACGAAUGGAGCAUUAUGCUUGUGCAGUGGAUCUAUAUGGGCGCGCUGGGCGUCUAGAUGAGGCAAAAGCUUUGAUUGAAGCAAUGCCCUUUAAACCCGAUGCAAUGGUUUUGAAGACUUUAUUGGGUGCCUGUAGGGCUUGCAGGAAUAUUGAAUUAGCUAGUCAAAUAGCAGGCUAUCUGCUAGAGCUAGAGCCUGAAGAGCACUGCACUUAUGUUCUUCUUUCCGACAUGUAUGGACAUCUCAAAAGGUGGGAUGAAAAAGCUAGUGUAAAGAGGCUUAUGAGGGAAAGGGGUGUGAGAAAAGUUCCCGGUUGGAGUUGGAUAGAAAUUAAGAAUGAGGUUUUUUCUUUCAAAGCUGAAGAUCGUUCCCACUCCCAUUGUGAAGAGAUAUAUUGUGUAUUGGGAGUUUUAAUGGAGGAAAUCAAAAGGAUGGAUUUUGAUGCUAAUGUAAAGGCUUUGAUGCAUGAUUUGGAUCCUAUGGACUGGUACUGUGAUAAUGCUCUUCUCCAAAACUAUGAUUCAGUGUUGUCGGCUGCAUAAGGCAAGCUCACCAACUUUUUUCAAGAUACCAAAUUUUGUUUCACAUCCGUAUACGCUGUUGGAUAUGUUAUUUCUUCUAAUGAUGCAUAUUACUUUU